AUGUUCUACAGCCACGAGAUCCUCACCAGCCGGCGUAAUGGCGUGUCCACGAUUUGGCUCGCUGCGACGGUGGGACCCAAAUCAAGCACGCGAAAAAUAACGCGAAAGGCAAUCCAAGACGUGAACAUUCCGAAAGCAUGCCUCACAAUCAUUGAUCCCGGAGCACCCAUAGCCUUGCGGUUGCAGAGCAAUCUUCUCUAUGGCGUUUCCAGGGUGUAUUCGCAGCAGUACGCAUACAUGCUUGGAGAUACGGAGAAGGUACAGGCUCACAUACAAACCUUCUACCGUGUCUGGGGCAACAGCACAAUCGAUCUGCAGGCAGACAAGACGACCGCAAGGCAAUUCAUUAUUCCGGACGACCCUGCCUUUGAGCUGGAAUUCCGGCUCCCAGAGUUCGACCUUGAUGGAGACGGAAACGUGGUCAUCGCCCAAAUCAGUCAGGCUAGCCGCAAGACUUCCUCACAGCUUUCACCGCUCAUCCGGGACGGUUCAUCCGGAGGUUCUGCGUCCAUGAUCGCUGGUCUCAACAUAUCGAGGUCUUCGGAACAAAGGAGUUUCCAGCUGGAGUUGCCAUUCGGACGCGACAGUAUGGCAUCCCAAAAGCGGGGGGAAGGAGCAUUGAAUUUAGGCGGCGAGGAAGAGCUCGUACCUGCCUUCGACGAUUGGGGCAUUGAAAUCGAUACUGACGGGAAUGUGAUUCUCGCGGUUGAGGAACCCGAACUACCACCUCUCCCGCGCCUGCCUGGCCAGGUUGGAGGUGAAUUGGCGCAGCCCCAGAACGAACAAGGUGACGUCGUGAUGAACCUAGGCGAAGAGUUCCUACCCGAAGUAGAGGCAUUUCCGAAACCCCCAGCCGAUCCACCCGCUGAGGAGGAGCAAGGCCCCGAGGCUGCCGCAGCUCCUAUGCGACAGCGGAGGGCCCGACGACCCGUUCUACUCAUGCCCGACGCGGAGACCAUAGUUAGCAAACACGAGUUCCGAGCCUGGGAGGCAAAUUAUUUAGCCACUCAAGAAGAAGCCCUACGCAACAAAGCAAGCAUUUCGACAGGUCCUGUUCAAGCCAGAAAGAACGCAUGGACUCUCUUAUUCGGCCGCGGCCUCAUGGACGUUGGACUGCCAACAGGCAUCCCGGAUGGCGUCCACCCUCUUGCCGAACAGUUCGCAGGCGUUGGCUUGGCAAAGUCACUCGGAAUCAACAUCAGCUCUGAAGAGUUCAAUGGGCUUCAUGGUCGCCGCCGGUCUGCCGACGAGGCCUUCGACAUGGAAGAUGAAGAUCGCCGUGUCCGUGCGCGAUUUGCCGAUGGGGAGCAGGUUGGCCGAAGCAUUCAACAACAGGAAGAUAUGCCUCUGAUCUUUGACCAAGACGUGGAAGUCGGGAGAGAGCCGGGUUCGGCCCUGUCAGAUAUCCCAUCUUCAGUGCCCUGGAAUCGGCCCGGCUCCUCAGUCCAUGGCAGUGCCAAGGCUACCUCUUUCCUUGCUGGCCGGCAAGUGAGUGCCAGUCCUCUUCACGGACGAGGAAGCACUUUUCAAGAAAUCGAGCGCUUCAGUGACCAGCCGGACUUCGGAUCUGACGACUUCGUGCCGCACAGCUCGUCCUUCCUGCAUGGAGGACCAGUCGGCGGCAGCGGGCGUCAGGAUGGGGAAUUGAUUCAGGAGGCCAGCGAUCUGGAGAGCCGGAACUUUCUUGGUUUUGUGGAGCGCGUUGCUGGAGAAAAGGGGGCAAUCCGUGCCGAUGAUGAGCACGACCAACGCCUCUGGGUCUCAUUCAACGACCUCUUCGAGCCGGCGGACAACAAAAAGGCUGUGGUUACCCAGGCCUUCUGCAACGUCCUGUCGCUGGCUACUAGGAACAAGAUCAGGGUUGAGCAGGAGGGCGAGAACGAGACGCCAUUUGGGACGAUUCGCUUGGGUGUUGUUAUUUCGGAGUAA